AUGACCAAAACAGGAGUUGAUUUCUUCGAUGAUAUAACUCAUAACCACAAGGAUUUCUCUGAAGUUGUCACUGCCAUCAAACAAUCUUUUACGCCAAGUUUAAAGAAUACUAAUGGAGCUGACAACAAGUUGCAAGAGUUCAACUUGAAAAUUUCACAAAUUUCAAGCAUUCUGAAUUCUAAACUUGCGGAAUCUGAAAAUGUCAUCACUGAUUCGGAUUACUUCUCGAAGGUGGCAAUUCCAACUUCCACACUAAUGAGGUACAUGAAGGACUGUUUGAAUCAUCCAGUGCCACAAGCGGUUAAAAAUUUUCAAGAGGCAUACAAAGAGCAUUUGGAGUUGGUUGAGAAUGUGCUCACCCAACUGGAACACAAGUCCACUAACCCUCUUACUCUUGCUAUGAAUGCUGACCCAUUGAAGACAAGGACUACCUUCAACAAAUGGUUUGAUAUUAUGAAUGGAGUUCUUGGACAAGUUAUUCUUCUGGAGACAUUUGCCUCGGGGUUGCUCGAAGAACGGGACACUAAUGACGUGAUAGAGAGAUCAAAAAAGCUGUUGUGUAGUAUUCAGUCGUGGGAGAAUGAUUACAAGAAAGACUCAUCCUACUGGCGAUUCUUAAAACACUAUGUUGAAUUAUUCCAAAGAGACAAUUCUGAUAUGGAGAUGGAAGAACAAGCAGAUAAGUUGAAGGAAGUGUUGGACACUAUUCUGACGGACGACUCAUUUUACCUUAUUGUUCACGAUGGAUCAAAAAACAAUGCACUUUUCGAAUUCAAUGUAUCACUGGAGGACCAAUUGAUUGAAUCUAACAACCAAGAAUCCUCAAUAAUGAUUUAUCGCAGCAAACGUGGAAAUUCAGUGGAGGUGACAGAGUUGGAGCAACUGCAAAAAGACGUAACAGAAAAAACUGAAGCUGAACCUUCCGAAAACAUAAACUACAAGGAUCAUUUGAAGAAUCAAUUCGGGAAAACUGUUCACAACGCUGGAUUCAUUUGUGUUCUAGCUGGUGCCCAUGCAUGUGUAAGAUCAGCUAAUAUUGGACGAGAGGAAGGUCCUGGAUUUGUUCAACUAAGCACAUCGGAUAAAACAAGUACUGGAGUAGUUGUUGGAUAUAUUUAA